ACCUGGAAGCACACUGAGCAGGGGUAGAGUGUGCUGGUUGGUUGUCAUGGAGACGGUCAGGUGUGCAGUUAGACAGGUGGAAGUGUGUUGAUGGCGUCGAGCAGCAGCAGAGCUGAAGACGUUCAGUUUGCUCUGCAGAGGGCAAAGAAGAAGAUCAGCAACCUGCAGCGGCAACUCAACGAAGAAACCAGUUCAUUGAGUCCAGCUGAGACCGCCAUAACAUCAUGGACGCCCAGCAAGGAGCUCCGGGACUCUCUGGUGGACAUGUACACAGCUAAUCCCAGAGUGAACGUGGAGCUGCAACAGCGUCUGCCUUCACCUGGCCGGCAGAGAGCCAGCAGCACGGACAGAACGAGGAUCAGCCGGAGUCUGGAGCACAGCGACUGGCCUGAAGCUCCUCCUCACCUUCAGGAGCCUCCCACAUCCUCCUCCACGCCUCUGCUGUCCCACAGGAAGUCUCUCUCUCCGGUCUCACCCCUCUUCAACAGAAGGUCUCUCUCUCCUGUGUCACCCCUCUCCCAGAGGAGGUCUCUCUCUCCCGUCACACCCCUUUCCCACAGGACGUCUCUCUCUCCUGUGUCACCCCUCUCCCACAGGAGAGGAGGCGUAGGUGAGAUAGAGAUGGACCUACCCCCCAGCCCAGGACCCUCUCCUCGGGCAGAGAGCAGAGGAGACGAUGGAGGACGAGCGUCUAGAGGUCCUGGUAGUCCUGCUGUCAGAAGACACCUGGUCAAGACUGACGACAGCUCUCAUCAGGAGGUCACGUUCGGUCCAAUCACAACGCCCAGUCGGGUUCAGACUAUAGAUCGGAACAAAAACAUCUCGUUUUUACUUAAGGAGCUCGACGCUCUGAGAGACAUCAACAAGAAGCUGCAGGAUCAGCUUGUCCAGAAGGAGAAGGAACUGCAGAGGAGGGAGGUGGAGGAAGAGCUGACUGAGGAGCAGAGGGAGGCCCAAGGCUGGGAGAGGCCGACAGCUGUGCUGUCCUAGGAGGUGUUGUCCGCUCAGAAGGACAGAGAUCAGGCUCUGAUGUCACGCCUAUUGCUGGCCAAUGAGGAGAGAGACGAGGCUCUGCUGAGAGCACGCCAACUGCAGCAGGCCGCUGAGUUGGACAGUUUUCACCUGGAUGACAGUGACAUGAAACACUCUCACACUCUGGUUGACGUCGAGGAGCUUCUUCAGGGCGUUUGUGACGCAGAGUCUGUGCAGGACGUCCAACAAUUCGGCUCCGUUCUGGUCCAGCGCCUGCAGAUGGCGAGGCAACGGAGACAUGACAUCACCGCCCAGGAGAUGAAGGCCGUGAUGGAGGAGAGAGACGGCUCCAUCGCCAAGUGUAAACGUCUGGAACAGGAUCUGAUCCAGGAAAGAGUACAGAGGGCGAGCGAGGAGGAGCUGCUGAGGCUUCAGAGAGAAAGAGGCGGGGCUCUGGAGGACAGGAAGUGGCUGGAGGCGGGGCUACAGGUGCUACAAGCCAAUCACAGCUCUCAGGACCUCCUCUCACCUCCUCCCUCGUUACCCAUUGACGGUGUCUCAACGGAAGCUCAUGAGGCCCCGCUCUCUCAGGCGCCCCUGCUGGUCCAGGUGCAGCAGCUGUCGAGGGAGAAGCAGAGCGUGGAGGCGGAACUACAGCGCUGUCAGGAGGCAGAGCGAGAGGCCAGCGAGAGAGUCCGCAGGUUGGAGCGUCUCGUUGAGGUGUUGAGGAAGAAGGUCGGGACGGGGAGCCUGCGAGCCGUCAUCUAAUCCACUCUUCAUCUCCAUCUUUUUCUACAUCGCUGAGCUGAGUGUUUUCUGUGUUCUUCUUCUGAACACAAAGAUGAACCUCUCUCUGAAAUGAAGUCGCAGUAUUUUCCUAACUUCAUGUUUGAUGUUUCUUAAACGUCUGUUAAACCAAUCAGCUGAUUUGUUGAUGUUCUUCUGAUCCGUACUUCCAUCAUGUCUUUUAAUUCAUGUCAUCAUUUGUCUUUUCUGUCCUGAUAUAAAAUAAAAUGACUACAGUGAUAUUAUA